AACUGGGACAGUCGCUGCCUUUGAGAGGUGAAAUGGCGCAGAAAGGAGUUCAGCUGGACCAGAAAACUUUCUCCUGUUCAAUCUGUCUGGAUCUCCUGAAGGAUCCGGUGGCUAUUCCCUGUGGACACAGCUACUGCAUGGGCUGCAUUAAAAGCUUCUGGGAUGAAGAGGAUCAGAAGAAAGUGUACAGCUGCCCUCAGUGCAGGCAGGCCUUUGCUCCGAGGCCUGUCCUGCUGAAAAACAUCAUGUUAGCAGCUUUAGUGGAGCAGCUGAAGGGAACUGGACUCCCAGCUGCUCCUGCUGAUCUCUGCUAUGCUGGACCUGGAGAUGUGGCCUGUGAUUUCUGCACCGGGAGGAAAACGAAAGUCUUCAAGUCGUGUCUGGUCUGUCUGGUCUCGUUCUGUGAGCAACACCUCCAGCCUCAUUAUGACGUGGCCAAGUUAAAGAAGCACCAGCUGGUGGAGCCCUCUGAGAAGCUGGAGGAGAACAUCUACGCUGGUCAAGGAGCUGCAGCAGGAGUUUCAGUGCCACAGCCCACCACCAGAGCCGGAUUCAGACAAUAUCUAUGUGAAAUCACAAUGGAUCCAGACACUGUCCACCCGUUACUGGUUUUAUCUGAGGGGAACAGAAGAGCAGCAGUGGUAGAAACAGAGCAGCCGUAUUCUGACCACCCAGACAGGUUCAUGGGCUACCAGCAGGUCCUGAGCAGACAGAGUCUGACUGGACGCUGUUACUGGGAGGUGGAGUGGACUGGGACAGCAGUUGAUGUAGCGGUUACGUAUAAAACCAUCGGGAGAGCAGGGAGGUCGCCUGGAUGCAGACUUGGAGCCAACGACAAGUCUUGGGCGUUGAAUUUGGACUCAGACGGCUACAGGUUUUGGCACAAUAAUCGUAUUGUAUUACAUGUCCCAGGUCCUCUGUGCUCCAGACUGGGAGUGUACCUGGACCACAGUGCAGGCGUUCUGUCCUUCUACAGCGUCUCUGAGACCAUGACCCUCCUCCACAGAGUCCAGACCACGUUCACCCAGCCGCUCCACGCUGGACUCUGGCUUGGUUCUCAUGGAGACUCUGCUGAGUUGUUCACAAGCAAGUAGACUGAAGUCUGACUGACUUUACAGCUUGUCUUUGUUGCUUUGGUACAUUUGUCAGAUCAGAAUUUAAAUUCUCAAAGUCUCUUGUGUAGAUGAUAGAAACUAUUUUUCACCCUUUUGAACAAAUUGCAAGUGAUCCUGCUGUUUCCUGCAUUAUUACACUGUAAAAAAAGGUGUUUAAAAACCAGAUCAAACAGUAAAUCUGAGGAAAUGAUCUUGCUGCAUGGACAGAUAAUUGACCUUGACAAGAUUUAUUAAAUUAAGAUUAUUAAAUCUAGAAAUAGGCAUGUUGAACACUUAAAAUAAUAAAUUAACUCUUAAAACCAGAUAAAGUAAAGCUGCCAGCAGUGAUGAACUGGCCCGAGCAGAGUGACCUGAUGAUUAUUUGGUUCUUACCAAGAUAAGAAAAAACUUUAGAUUUAGAAGUGUUAGAUCAUUUAUCUUGUUUGAUCUAUUUGGUCUGGUUUAGUUGGUUUAGUUGGUUUGGUUUAGUUGAUUUGGUUUAGUUGGUUUGGUUGAGUUAGUUUGGUUUAGUUGGUUUGGUUUGGUUAAGUUGGUUUGGUUUGGUUUGGUUUGGUUUGGUUUGGUUGAGUUGGUUUGGUUGGUUUGGUUUGGUUUGGUUUGGUUGAGUUGGUUUGGUUUGGUUGGUUUGGUUGAGUUGGUUUGGUUGGUUUGGUAUCAUAACAUUACUAGUAUUAAUUGUUGUAAAUCUCUGAAGAAUCUCAUCAUAGUGUACACACACCGGCAGUAGUGGCCCUUUCACUAUUUACCCAGAGGACAUUUCCUAGUUUAUUUUCUUUGUGUUGUAUUUUUUUUAGUUAUUUCAGAUAUAAAAGUCUCAUGGGAAAUACUCAAUAAUGUCUUAGUUGGAAUUACUUAAAAAGAUAAAUACAAAUUGUUACAACUAUUUUUUAAGUUGAGCCAGAGUAAUUUUGUCAGAAUGAAGAAGUUGACGGAACGGUCAACGUUGCUUCGUUUUACAUCAGGACAUGAUGAAGCUCUGUCAUAGACUCCAGACGGUUAAAUCCUGUAUUUUGUUUUUAAACUUAUUUUGUCUCCUGUUUGUUGCUUUGACAUCUUCUCAUUAGUUGAUAUAUAUUUAUAUAAUUGUAUGUGCUGAAGGCCGUGGCUGCUCAUUAUAAUGUUUGUUUACCUGAAGCUCGUCUCUCUGCAUGACAAUAUCAACUCUGAAUGUUUGAUGAAUAUUAAUAUUGAUGUGUUUGUGUUCUGUGUUUCCAGUGCAGGAGUCCUUUAUUUAGUCCUUUAUUUAGUCCUUUAGUUCCAAGAGAAACUAUAGAACUGUAACGAUCAGGAUCAUAAUCAGUGAUGUAAUCCUUAUCAGAGAACUGAUAAUAUGUGAAAAUACUGAAGGUUUAUACAAUAAACAAGGUUUUUUCUUUCUUCUUCUUUGAACAAUAUAUUUUGUUAUUUUCUUCAUUCAUAUCAUACAAAGCUGAAGGAGAAAACGUGAAUCUAUUAUGAAAUAUAACUGAGGCAGUUUCCAUCUAAAGUAUCGAUCAAUAUCAGACACACAGACAUUAAUAAUUAUAAUAAUAAUACUAAUUAUACUGUUAACUCUGUGGAGUCUUUUGUCCAUUUUUGAAUCCUUUUCAUGUCUUUUUUGGUCAUUUUUUGUCAUUUUUUGUAAUUUUGUGUCUUUUAAUGAUUUCUUUUGUCAUUUUGUGUCAUUUUUUAGUAAUUGUGUGUCUUUUUUUAGUAAUUUUGUGUAUUUUUUUGGUCAUUUUGCGUCUUUUUUAGUCUUUUAGUCCAACAUAAAAUGUGAUUUUGAAAAUGUGAUGUGAUUUUUU